ACACUUUCUCGACUGAAAGACUGAAGCUGUGUGACUGCCUGCUGUGAUGAAGGGGACGAUGCUGACUUUCGCUACGGUGUGUUUGCUCCUUUGCUGGAUGCAGCCUGUGGGCUCCAUGAAGAUCGGUUUCAUCUACCGUCAAAAACAAGAUGCUCCCUCGGUCAUCAAAUUGGACAUGGCUGAAAAUGCUGUUGAUGACAUGUACUUUGGCUGCAACGCAACAAUGACAAAGAUGGUCGAGAACACAUUCUUUAAAAAAGAGAACACUGGACAGUUUAAAAUAGUCUGGAAACGUGCACAAAGUUGUACAAAUAAAAAUGUGAAAUACAAGGAGAAUGGGGAUGGGGCUUUAACUAAGGAUCACUUGCAAGCAAUCUGUGUGUAUACAGCUGGUUCAAGAGAGUGCUUUUAUGAGAAAUUUAAUGAAGCCGUCCGGACCGGGAGAAAAAACUUCCCAUUCCACUCUUUACAUUUCUGGCUGACAUCUGCAAUACAGAUCCUCAGUAAUGAUAGAAAUUGUCUCACUACUUACCGCAGAUCCAAGGCUGUGUUUAACGGCAAACAAGGACAAAUGAUUCGGUUCGGAUCCUUUACCUCCAGCUCUAAGAAGAAAGACCUGACACACUUUGGGACCAAGUCCUGCUUUGAAAUAAGGACUUGUUCUGGUGCUUACCUGAAAAAUUACCCAACCCUUAACAAUACGGAGGAAGAGGUGCUCAUCCCACCUUAUGAGGUGUUCCAGAUAACCAAAAUAGUGAACAAUGGUCUGCUUGACUGUGAGAUUGGGUAUGUCCUGAAGAGCAAAGGAAUUCUAAGCAAUCUAAACUGCAACAUGAUAAAAAAAAAGACCAGUGGUUCUUCGGCUGGCUGAGCUAAGUUAAAACCAAUUUGGGAAUUUAGUUUUGCUCAGUAAACUGCAAGUUAUUUUGCUUAAAUCCAAGCUCAUCGCAAUAUGCCCAAACAUUCUCCUCAACCUAUAGAUUCAUACUUCGGGUUUUGGGCUUAUAUCAUCGCAGGCCAAAGUUUUCACCUUUCUCCAGCAUAUCUUAUAAUGCAGCAGCAGCAGAAGCAUUUCUGAUGUUUUUUCUUUCACUUUUAU